CCGACAACGUCGAGCGUCGUGCUCAACGUCCCCCACCCUCUUUAGGAUACCCCCGCCGCUGGUCUAUGCGCCCUCCACACCCGCCAUGAACCGAAUAUCAUCGCAAUCAUGGCUCCUACCUCUCCUCUGCCUCUUUUUCUUUUCUCACUAUAACUUCGUCAUGGCCGCGCUUCCUCUUGUCGACUUCGACCGCAUGGGCAGCGUCGGCCUCGGUGGUGCGUUUGCAGGCCUCGAUCUUUUCAAUUCGAGCGGGUCGUCCGUCUCCUUCGACUCGUCUACCUCGACCCUGCUCUCCCGCUCAUCGGACGGCGCCCUCACCCGCCUCGGGGCCACAAACUCUGGAGGCUCUAUUCUCGCAGGAUGCGCUCUCUCAAACACAUUCUAUUUCGCCGGCUCUUUUUCUUCCAUCAAUGGUACAUCAGCCUCUAACAUCGCUUCCUACUCCGGCUCCUCCUUCUCCGCGCUCGGCUCGAACGGUCCCUCAGGCCAAGUCAACGCCCUCUACUGCGACUCGGCGAACAACCAGAUCUGGGCUGGUGGAGAUUUCACCGACGCUGUUCUUGUAUGGGAUGCGAAGCAGAAUUCGUGGUCGUCUGCGCCUUUCGGCGGUCUCACGGGCGCGGGAGGCGAGGUCCUCUCCAUCACGACCAACUCCUCCGCAUCGUCCCUCUUCUUCGCCGGUUCCUUCCUCGCUUCAUUCCAGGGUAAUGGAACGACCGUCAACAACACCAACAACCCUAACGUUCCAUUCUCUACCGGGGCUACAUCAUUCUCGUCGUCACUCGUUCCCAUCCCGCUUCAGGGUGCGGAAAUAGAGGGACAACCGUCGUCAUCGGACUCGUCGUUCAGCGAUAUCGCCAACAUCCUGUGUCCGGCGGGAGAUGAUGGGGCGGGGAAUACGUGGUUCGGCGCGGAUGGGAGCAGUGCGCAGGUUACGGCGAGGACGUUUUCGUUCCUUAGUGCGAGUGGGAUCAGGUUGGGCAACACGUUCCUUGACGGGCGUGGGACGACUGGAUUCAGCGUAACCACCAUCCCAGACAACACCGUUCGCCAACUGCACUACGUCGACCCGUCCUCAGGCCAAAACACAACCUGUACCGACCCUUGCCCACUCUCGACUGACUCCUCCGUCCUCUACCAGGACUUCACCUUUGACAGCACACUCGACAUCACCGGUGUUCAGGUCACCCUUUCCCAGUGGCAAGGUUCUGGCCCCGGUCUCCACAUCUUCCAGCUCCUGUCCUCCGGCGCCUUCGCCUCCGCCAUCUCCAGUCAGAACAACGUUUCUUGUUUCGCUCCCGGUGCCUCAAACACCUCGCGCACCGGGACUUGGACGGAGAAAGACGUGAACACGAAUAUUGCUGGGACGACGGAGGAGGUUCUCGUCUCCACAGUCGCUGUAGGCACGUCCGCUGCGGAUGGACCGAGCUUCACCUGGAUGCCGUAUGUGUCUGCAUCAGGACAGUACGACAUCAACAUGCUUGUUCCAGGAUGCACAAAUUUCCAGGACUGCGCGCUGAGGACGAGCGUCCAGGUCACGGUCUUCCCCGGUGGCGAUCAGAACCCAUGGGUCACGACGGUCGAUCAGACGAACACGGACGAUGCGACGACGCUGAUCUUCAGUGGUGAGGUCGUGCCUUCUUCUACGGACUUCGUCAUGACCGUCGAGAUGACGCUUGCCGACAACCCGACCGGAAGCGGGCAGGAUGGACAAUAUGAGAUCGUGGCCGAUCGGAUCCAGCUUAUCUUGACGGAGGCGGCAAAUUCGACUUCAAGUAGCGGUGGGAACACCACGACGACGUCUGGCACGAAAACCGCAUUUGGUUUCUUCGAGUGGCCCAUCGACUCGUCGAGUACCGUGAACGCCACUUCCACGCUUUCCAACUCUACCGAGACGGCCCUCGAUACCAUCGGGUUCGAUCUGUUCACCGAACUUGGCGGUAGCUCCAGUUUGUCUUCCUCUUCCACCAAGACUGCCAUCGCGGCUGUUGCGCACCACUCGUCCGGAGCUAUCUUCCUCGGCGGCACUUUCACCGCUUCCAGUCCCAGCGCGAGCAACAUCGUCAUGUUCAAGAACGGUGCUCUUUCAACACUCUCGAACAAUGGUCUCAACGGUCCCGUCACCUCUCUCGCUCUCGAUGGCGACACCCUCUAUGUCGGCGGUUCCUUCACCGAUACCGCGUCCUCUUCCAACUCUGGCCUCCAGGGCAUCGCAAUAUAUGACGUCUCGCAAGACAAAUGGUCUGCGCUUCAAGCAGGCGUUAACGGUGCCGUCAAAUCGCUCGACUUCAUCCCGUCAUCCAAUCAACUCCAGGUCGUCGGUAACUUCACGACAAUACUCUCCAGUUCGUCGAGCGACACCGUCGGGACAGAUUCUGCGGGUUUGGCUGUCUGGAAUGCGAGCAGUAGUGCGUGGGUGAACAGUGGUGGAUUCUUGGUCGGAGGGAUGACGUUCGUUGGCAAUGGAACGAGCACGGGAAGCACGUUCUUGGCUGGCAAUGUGGCUUCCGAGUUGCAGUUUGGCGCGAGUGGAAUGGUCUUGCUUACGAACGGCAACUCGGACGAGAAUGAAGGAGCACCAGGAGUGACGCCCCUCGGUGUUACGCUCGAUAACUCCGUCACUUCGUCCUCAAACUCGUCAUCCACGAGCAGCAAGAAGAGACGAUCGAUCUUGCACGCUCACGCCCGUUCUUCGUCUUCGUCUUCAUCUCUGGCUGCCAAGACUUGGAUCCCCAACAUCAAGAUUCCUCGCAUGUUCGCUCGUCAAACUUCCUCUUCGAGCCUUCCGGACCUUCCUACCGAUCCCACAGCACCCGCACCCGCCGUUCUCGCAGGCGCGUUUUGGACUAACACGACGUCUGGACACGAGAUCGCGAUCAUGGGCGGGAACUUCUCCUUCACCAACGGUUCCACCACCUCCGAAGCUGUCGCCUUCUACGAUCUUAGCACUAGCACCCUGUCUCCCCUGACUGGAGAUGGAACCCUCAACGGCACCGUCCGUACCCUUCUCGUCCAGGACGACAUCCUCUAUAUCGGUGGAGAGUUCAACAUGGUCGACUCUUCUUCGUCUUCCACCGUUAAUGGUUUCGCGAUCUAUGACCUCGUCAAUCGCGCGUGGCAGAUCUCGUCGCUUCAGGCUUUGGGCGCUGGUUCCACCUCUACUGAUGACGUCGUCGUGAGGUCGAUCACGGUGUCGACGAGCGAUACGGAUAAGAUCAUUGUGGCCGGGUCGUUUGUGCAGGCUGGGAGUUUGUCGUGUAAGGGGAUUUGUUCGUGGGGUGCGAGUGAGAAACAGUGGAAUACGCUUGGGAGUGGGAUUACGGGUGAAGUUGCGUCGGUGGUGUAUGCUGGUAGCAAUCAAGAGACACUUGUUGCGGGUGGUUCGAUCUCGUUAGAUGGUGGGAGUACGGCAAGUUAUGUUGCUCAGUACACGUUCUCGAACACGAGUUGGAGUACCGUUGGUGAUAGUAGCUCGCUUUCGGGCCCUGUCACUGCCGUCGAGGUCAACAACGGCAAUGCGAGCAGUAUCUUCGCUGCUGGACGAUCCUCCGAUGGCACGAGCUCCUUCAUGUCCUUCUGGAACGGCCAAGCGUGGUCCACUCUCGACUCGAACUUUGCCGAUGUCACGAACGUCACUCAGCUUACCAUGGUCCCCCUCCAGGACACGCACUCCGCUAACAGCAUCGUCGAGCAGGACAGGAUGCUCAUGAUCUCGGGCAGCUUGCAGGACUCGUCGUUCGGGAACGCUUCGGCGGUGCUGUUCGAUGGGCAGAGCUUCAUUCCGUAUAUCGUUUCUAGCUCUAGCGACGGGUCGCCGGGUGUGGUGUCGCAGUUGUUCAGGAGCUUGUCGACGUUUAGCUUUACCCAGAAGCACUUCUUGGCUACGGGUAUCGUGAUCCUCAUAUCUAUAGCCAUCGCUGCCGGUGUCGUCUUCCUCCUCGUCCUCAUCGGCAUCCUCUGGACGCUCUUCUCCCGUCGCGACGACGCUCUCAACAACAAGUACGAUGCCGGUGCCGAAGGUGAAGAAGAUGACGAAUCAGCACACCACAGGCCCUCAUCGCUCCUCGCACACAUCAACGCAGCAACGCGCACCACCAUCCUCGGUACCCAAAGCCCCUUCGACCAGUUCAACUACGAGAAGGAGGCCGCGGCCGCCGCCGCCGCAGGAGGUGCUGGGGCUGCGAUGGCCGCGCACGAGCACGGUCAGGGGUAUGACGACGAGGGCGGUGCGACGGCGGAGGGGGCAGGCCACGAUGCGUUUGGGCCGGAUGGAAGCAAUUAUUUGAGGGCGGAGACGCCGUCGGAUGCGAUUGUGGGAGGGAUGGGGGGCGAUGAGGAUGUGGGGAGGACGGGGCAUGCGAGGUUUUCGUUUGAUGGGUCGGGAGAUGGGGAGUUGGCGUUGAGGGAGGGCCAGGAGUUGGAGAUUUUGGAUGAUAGGGAUCAUUCGUGGUGGUAUGCACGAGACCCGAGGUCUGGGGCGGAGGGUGUUGUCCCCGCCGCGUAUCUGUAUUAGUGAUAGACCGUCCGUUUCUAUACCUUUUGUCCUCUGUCUCGACCUAUGCCAUCUAUCUUCUUAUGAGUAUCCUUCUUCUCCCCAUCUGUCGCAACCUUACCCUACCCCACUACCGAGAUAUCCACCUUCACUCCCCACUUUUGUCUUACAUCACCCAUCAAACCCCGUCCCUCCUCUCCCCUACUUUUGCUUAGCCUCGACGUCGCCGUCGAUGGACUUUUUUAAGGUACAUACCCCUCCGUUCGACAGUAUAUUAUAUCUUUGGGCCCAUGUAUGGAAAUCGUCCGUGGAAGAAUGUCAACACCUCGUUCCUCCUGGAUAUUUCCCUGGUGUUGCAGUCGGUUGCCGAUAAUGGUGUUGGGUAACUGUAAAUCCAGUUCGUUUGUUGUGGUCGUAGUUCUGCUUCUGAUCAUCUGUCGUUCUACUUUUUUUCUACAGCCUCUUUGUCCGAUUUUGGCAUCUUUCAUCCGAUCUGAUUUGUCGAUACCGCAAAUGUUUUCGUUGCUGUUCUCUUCGCUUGGUUCAAGUACUCUGGAUUUUCCGCCUUUUUUCCCGCUCGUUUCCCGCUUUCUUUUUUUCGUCUUUUUGAUUUGGACCACGGACCUUUUCUAGUUACUGUAUUUUUGGACAUAUUGGAUCUUGGGUGUGUCAACCUCAUGUCGCGUUUCCUGUUCAUUCGCCCGUUCCAUUGUUCAUCGUUCGUCGCAUGUCAGAUUUAGAAUCCAC